CCGGGCGCCGCUUCCGCCACGUGUCCCGCGGGCCCGCUCGUUGCCGCGGCGACGGGAACCUCCCCCGCCCCUUCCGGCCUCGCAUGGCGCCGUCUCUUCCGCUGCGGGGAGUAAUAUGGGGACAAUACACCUAUUCCGUAAAUCACAGAGAUCAUUGGUUGGAAAGUUAACACAUGAAUUUAGGUUGGUUGCAGCAGACAGAAGGUCCUGGAAGAUUUUACUGUUUGGUGCUAUAAAUUUAAUAUGUAUUGGCUUCCUGCUCAUGUGGUGCAGCUCUACAAACAGCAUAGCUUUAACUGCUUACACAUAUUUGACAAUCUUUGACCUUUUCAGUUUGGUAACAUGUCUAAUAAGCUACUGGAUAAUGAUGAAGAAACCCACCCCAGUCUAUUCAUUUGGGUUUGAAAGGUUUGAAGUUCUAGCUGUAUUUGCAUCUACAGUUCUGGCACAGCUUGGUGCUCUUUUUAUACUGAAAGAAAGUGCGGAGCGGUUUCUGGAACAGCCUGAGAUACACACGGGACGACUGCUGGUUGGUACUUUCGUGGCUCUCUUUUUCAACUUAUUUACAAUGCUUUCCAUUAAGAAUAAGCCUUUUGCAUAUGUCUCUGAAGCUGCCAGCACAAGCUGGCUUCAGGAACACGUUGCAGAUCUUAGUAGAAGUAUUUGUGGAAUCAUCCCAGGAUUGAGUAGCAUCUUUCUGCCMCGGAUGAACCCUUUUGUCCUGAUUGAUAUUGCUGGAGCUCUGGCUCUUUGCAUUACAUAUAUGCUCAUUGAAAUCAACAAUUAUUUUGCUGUGGACACAGCCUCUGCUAUAGCAAUUGCUUUGAUGACAUUUGGUACCAUGUAUCCAAUGAGUGUCUACAGUGGGAAAGUACUACUCCAGACAACCCCACCUCAUGUGAUUGGCCAGUUAGAUAAACUURUUAGAGAGGUUUCAACUUUGGAUGGUGUGUUGGAAGUUCGAAAUGAGCAUUUCUGGACAUUAGGUUUUGGCACAUUGGCUGGAUCAGUCCACGUCCGAAUUCGGAGAGAUGCAAAUGAACAAAUGGUACUUGCCCAUGUCACUAACAGAUUAUACACAUUGGUCUCUACCUUGACUGUUCAGAUUUUCAAAGAUGACUGGAUCAGACCUACCUUAUCAUCUGUGCCUAUUGCAAACAAUAUUCUGAACCUUUCGGAUCAUCACAUUAUCCCAAUGCCAUCUUUGAAAGCUGCUGAUAAUUUGAACCCGGCUACGUCCACUCCAGCUAAGCCCAGCAGCCCACCACCAGAAUUUUCUUUUAAUACACCAGGCAAAAAUGUGAGUCCAGUCAUCCUUUUAAACACUCAGACAAAGCCCUAUGGAUUGGGCCUUAAUCAUGGAUCUACACCCUACAGCAGUGUACUCAAUCAAGGACUUGGAAUACCAGGAAUGGGAGCAGCUCAAGGAUUCAGAACUGGUUUUGCAAAUGUCCCAAGCAGAUAUGGAACAAAUGCUCGUGGUCAGCCCCGACCAUAAUAAACACCAUUAUUUAUUGUACUUAAGGGUAUUGACUUAAUUCUUUUAUUACCCUAUUUUUAUAAACAUUUGGAAUGUCAGAUCAUUCUGAAUGGCUGGGAACAAGUGCAUUGUUCAUAUUCAUGAAGUGGUUAAAUAGCAGUUUUUUUUCUUCACAUCAGCAGUAGCCUGUGUAAUGCCACAGACUUACGAUACUUUACAAAUAGAUUUUAUAGGGUGUCUAUUUCUACUCAUCUUUUUUAUCCACUUUUCUGCAUUUAUCCAAGAAUGUAUUGAGAUACAGCACAACUCUAUAACAGAGUAAAAUUGUGACCAGGUAGCAUUUUUUUUUUCUAAUGAGAAUUGCUUACUGAAUGCUGAAUAGCUGAGAAAAUAUGAAAUGGCAGAAAUAGAAGUCCCAGUUUUCAGAGAUGUUUGAUUACUGUAUUAAGCCGUGUUUCGGCCAACUCACAAUUAGUUUUUGGUUGCAGAAAUCCAUCAGUGUUCAUGUUGUGGCCAUUGUGAACACAAUCUGGCAUUUCAGAUUGUAAUUAAUUUUGUGAGACCAUGUUUUUACAUUUUUAUUAAUGCUUUUAUAGCAGUUCAGGUGGUUCAGCAACCACUUUCUACUUGUAGGUAUUCCAUAUUCAUCUCUGAUAUUUCUUACUAUUYGGUUUAACUGCAAAAUUGUUUAGCAAUAUACUGGGAAAUAAAAUACUUAAAACUUAAGGUUUUACAAGCACUUCUUUUUUACAAUUAACCCUAUUUAGGAUACAGAACAGAUGACUAUUGUUUCAUAAGCCAGUAUUUCAUUUUUGACAAUGAAGAGUAUUCUGUUAUUUGAUUGUGACUUUGUAUUUUCCUCUAUGUAUUUUUUCCUGUAGUUCAAGGGGAAAAGUAAUUUAUUUAUAUUCUUGGUUUAUAUCCAGAGCCCAGGUCAGUGAUCACUGACAGUUCAUAGUCACUGCUGGAGUAUUUAACCUUUGGGGCACACUUGGAAUGAGACCACUUAACUUGUCUCUGCUUUUGCAUUACUUUUCUACUGAACAUCGAGGUGUCCGUUUUUUUCCAGGGCCUUUCUCAGAGAGCUCUUYCCUUUCAUUGCUAUCUUUUCCUUCUCAGCUCUGACAACAGGGAAAGGCUUUUUAGAAAUACUUCCAUUUUUUUUCUGCUCUCCUGUGCAGUAUCUGAUUAAAAUUGCUCCUCUGCACAUCCGUCUGCAUCUCUUGGCCAUCUGGGARUGGGUUGCCCAUUCCUAUUGUUUCACUUGCAACUCAGGGUGCUAUGUAUUGGCUUCCACCUUGUUCAUCUGUGUGCUAAGUCAGUCUUUCCAUUUCUCYGAGGUGGUUACAUUGAGCUGUAGUAUCUCAGGGAUUCCAAAGAUACUGUGUUACCUGAAGAUAAUGGCUUUGAUAAAGAAAUCUUUCUCAUGUCGAUGUGAGUGGAGAAAGCAACCUUCAUUUGAAUUUUGAACAUCUGUGGCCUCUUCACUGGCUGAGGAUUUCUUUUUCUGCAUAAAAAUACCACAUUCCUCUUUUUUUUCUGUUUUUUUCCCCCCUCCAUGACCUGUGUUUCUUGAGCCAGUGCUUGGAGGAGGGAGUCAUUCUUGCAAAAGCAAGGUGACAUUCURCAUGAUGGAGAUAUAUCUUCUGGGGAUGUUUUAGGCUGAGAGUAAUGUGCAGACUGCCACUGUCCAUGUAAGCUAUAAGUAGGGAAUGUAGUUCUGUACUUCAUUUGCAGCGAGAGUGAAAAUUUCAUUGCUCUGUUAGAAAAUGUAAUGACCUGGAAAACUUUAAAUUAAAGAUUUCAGUGAACUUGUAACAAUUGGCUCUGUUGCUAUGAGGUCAGUAUUAACUCAGUAAUCACCUCGGCUUUAUUAUCCUGUCUUUCUGUGAGUCUAUUACAUGUGCCAUUGCUGCAUGGAAAUUCACUGAAGUACGGAACACUUGAACAGAUUGUCUGCACCUCUUGAGUGCUGAACUAGACUGCACUUUGUACAGCAUCUGCAACACCUUAGAGCCAGCAGAAUGUUUACAAUAUACUACUCUUGUGUGGCCUGUUUGAGAACUGUUCCUUACUCCAGUUUCAUAAUCAAACACAUGCCCUUUUUCUGAUAUUUUCAAUAUGUUGUAUUAUAUUGAUUGCAUGCUUACUGGUUUUCAGUAGAAAAUUAAAGCUCCAUUUUAUUAAAGAACAAAGCUGAUCUUUGAUUUAAAAUGAGAAGGGAGGGUAAGAAUUUCAGAGCUCCGAGUGCAAUAUAAUCACUUUAACAAAAAUAUUUUUGAGUGAUUGUUUACAAUAUAUAUCAAAUGUGCRGAUGAUAAAGAUUCUUUUAGAUAUUAGAACAGCUUUUUUAGCUGCUUUAUUGUUAUGAACAUGUUAAGAAUAUUUGUUAAAUCAGCACAGAGUAAAAUGUCUCCUUUUAUAUAAGGAAAAUAAAAUCAGUGUAAUUCUUAAAUGACAAGGAAAAGGUGGUAAUUUGUGUACAAGAUWUUAUAGUUAUCUUCCAGUAUAUAUUGUUUAAGUGAUGCUCUCGGGUGAUGCUUCAGUCUCAAGGAGCAGGUAUGUCAAAUUUCAGAACUGUUUUGCUGUGUCUGCUACCACUGUAGACUGGGUCCUUGGAAUAAUUCCAUAGAAAGUGUUUUAAGGCAUUUUGUCAUUUGUAACUAUUUUGUUGUUAAGUGGUCACAAUCUAAAUGCUUAUUUGAUACAUAGUGAAUAAGAAUUGCUAAUUUAUAUCAUCUUGAUUCCUAAUGCUAGAAAUGCUGUUGCAGCUAGAAAAAGGACUGCUACUCACUGUCAUUUCUGUCUGCCAGAGGAUUUGGCAUUGUUCUCCCCUCUCAGUUGUUGCAACUGUGAUUGCACAGAAUCACAUCACGUGUAGRUAAAUGCAUUCAGCUUUAGAGAGUUUGAGGGGCAUGUACUGUUAUUUGGCUUCAGAUUCUUGUGUAAAAGUCACUUGUCCUGAUACAGAAGGAGCCAGAGCACCUAUUACAAKAUAAAUAACUACCAUAAUCUGGGGAUUUUUUAGCUUUACAUGUUGAGUGAUGGGUCUUGAGUUCAUUGUGCUCUGCAUUCCCUUUACCCAGGUGGUAACCACAGACACCUUUGGCAUGCAAAA